AUGGAGACAAGGAUUGAGGAACUUUUUGUGAAGGAUGAGCACCGAGCGGAUAAAAUGAGCAAGACGGUUGAUGUUGGAUGUGAGUAUUUGCAUUACGACUUUUCUAAGACGCACCUUACAGAUGAGAUUAUUGAGAAGUAUCUGGGAAAGAUGAGUGGAAUUGAAAGCAAGAUUGAAGCGAUGUUUUGUGGUCAAAAGAUCAACUUUACGGAGGAUAGGAAGGUUCUGCACGUGCUUCUUAGGAACAAGGAGAUUCUGGAUAUGGUUGAGAAUGGCAACAGUGAAGGAUUGGAUGGAGACAGGAAGAUGGUUUAUGAUGAGUUAGUGAAGAUGAAGCAGUUUGCAGAUGACUUUGAGAAAGGAAAAAUAUGUGGAGUCACUGGGAAACGAUUGGAGGCUAUUGUGAAUAUAGGCAUUGGAGGGAGUGAUCUUGGGCCUAGAAUGGUUUGUAAUGCAUUGAAGCGAUACAGCAUGAAAGGUGUUACGACACAUUUUAUUUCGAAUGUGGAUGCAUCGGACACAGUUGAGGUUUUUGACAGCAUUGAUGCAGAGAAGGCAUUAUUUAUAGUGGUAAGCAAGACAUUUACAACGAUUGAGACGAUUCAGAACAUGGAGCUUGCAAUGAGAUAUAUGGAGCAGAGAUUGAAACGAAGCAGGGAGGAGAUAGCAAGCGAGCAUUUUGUUGCGAUCAGCUCGAAUGUGGAUGAGGUCGGCAAGUAUGGAAUCAAACAAGUUUUUUCAAUGUGGGACUUUGUAGGAGGGAGGUUUUCAUUAUGGUCUGCUGUUGGGAUGUCUAUAGUAUUGUAUGUUGGGUUUGAUGGAUUUCUAGAGAUGCUAAGAGGAGGAAGUAAUAUUGAUGAGGAGUUUAGGAAACAAAAGGGAAAGCAGAAUGCAGAGAUUAUGCAUUCCAUAGUUGAGAUGUUUUACUCUGAUAAUGGAUAUAACAACAAGUGUAUUGUUCCAUAUGAUCGGUACAUGGAGAAGUUUUAUUUGUAUUUACAGCAGGCUGAGAUGGAAAGCAAUGGGAAGCCAUCAACAAGCAAUGACACGGGUAUGAUAGUGUGGGGAGGAGUGGGAACGAAUAGCCAGCACUCAUUUUUCCAACUACUGCAUCAGGGCACAAGGAAGGUUCUUUGUGAGUUUUUGGUGCCUCUUCAGCCUCUACAUAGUGAGAGGGAGUAUCACGAGAUAUUAGUGUCUAACUGUGUUGCACAGAGCAGGGCACUGAUGGUUGGAAAGAAAGAUAAGCAGAAGGAGAAGUGUUUUGAAGGUGAUCGACCGACGAUAACGAUGUGCUACUCAAAGCUUACACCAAGAACACUUGGAGCAAUGAUAGCGCAUUAUGAGCAUAAGAUAUUCAUCCAGGGAGUGUUCUGGGGAAUCAAUUCGUUUGAUCAGUUUGGAGUUACGUUAGGGAAGGAGAUAGCCACUGAUGUAUGCGAUGAAAUACGAAGUAGGAAGAGUGGGAAGUAUGAUGGAUCGACGAACAAGAUUCUGGAUCAUGUUUACAAGAAUUCUGAAUAG